CGUCGUGGGAGACAACAAAAAGACAGACUUGAUGCUUUCUUUGUGUGUUUGAGAGUCUUUCUCGGAUGACGGCAAGAUGAGGAAGACGCUCAUUCUAUGUUUUAUCCAUGGGUUCAAGGGGGGCGAAUCCACGUUUGGAGACAACUACUCGUUCGUCGAGGACCUGCGGACGGCCGUCUCGCGGGAGCUGCCCGGCAUCACGGUCAAGGUGCUGGUGUAUCCCAAGUAUGAGACGAGAGGCGACUUGGGAGAGGCUGUGAGCAAGUUCCGCGGCUGGCUGGAGAACAAGGUCAUCGACUAUGAGGUGGCCAUGGGCACGCCCUCGCCGACGGUCGAGCCCUCGGUCCGCACGAUCCUCAUCGGCCACUCCAUGGGCGGCAUCGUCGCCGCCGAGACGGUCAUGGGCCUGGCCUCGGACAAGCCCAUCUAUACGGAAGACGGCAUCGACAAGUCGGGCGGCGGGCCGACGUUCAACCACCUCAUGUUCCCUCGCAUCCAGGGCGUCCUGGCCUUUGACACCCCGUAUCUGGGCAUCGCCCCCGGCGUGGUCGCGUACGGCGCCGAGGGCCACUACCAGACGGCGCAGUCGGCGCUGUCGUCGCUGAGCUCGCUGUGGAGGAUGGCGGGCGGCGGCGGCGACGAUGCCAGCGCGGCCGCCUCGGCCGCCUCGGCGCUGACCAAGACGACGCCGGCGGCCAAGAACGACGAGGGCGGCGGCGGCGGCGGCUGGGGCUGGGGCAAGAUCGCCAUGUACGGGGCCGCGGCCGGGGCCAUGGCGGCGGGCGGCGCGGCGGCGUGGAUGAACCGCGAGCACAUCUCGACGGGCUGGACGUGGGUGUCGUCGCACCUCGAGUUCGUGGGCUGCCUCGCCCGGCCCGAGGCCCUCAAGCAGCGCGUCGCGUACAUGGCCAAGCUGAGCGCCGAGCUCGACGUCGGCUUCGCCAACCUCUACACCCGGCUGGGCAAGGGCGCGGAGAGCAAGACGGUCAGCAUGGUGGGCACCGUGCUGGGCAAGGACAGGACGUUUUGCGUCGUGCCGAGCAAGCAGCCGGCCGGGAGGUGGAUCGAGGCUGUGAAUGAUGCCGUGGCAGACGAGACGACGGCGCAUAUCAGCAUGUUUGAGGCCAAGAAGAACCCGGCGUACGAGAAGCUGCUGGGGGACUCGGCGGGCUUGAUUGCGGCAUGGGUCAACAAGGGCUGG